CGAAAAUCCUUACAAGUCAAAACACGCCAUGUCCUCUAAAUUGUCGAGCGUGGGAGAUAGCCUGGACGAGUUGAUUCAAAUUUUAUUGAACAAUCGGAGGGAAGUAGAACUCGGACAUGCAAUUCUACAACUUUCCCGAGCAAACCGUAAAGUUGUGUCAGAUUUUGGGGCGCAAGAGUUUGUCAAUAAGUUUCCACAACUUUUCCAGAUCAGGCGAACGAAAUCGAAAGUAAUGUUGAGGUUGGACGUUCCUCUCGAGUUCUGUCCUCAAGCGGGGGAAAAAGGUGGAUGUACUGAUAUGAGGUGUUUUCGUCUUCAUUUGUGCCCUUUCUUUGUCAAAGAAACCUGCAAAUUUGGUGACAAGUGCAAAAGGUCUCACGAGUAUCAAGACGAACAUACGAUGCGCAUUCUGCAACACUUCCGCCUUCACUUUCUUGACCUUAAUCUUCUUCAAGACAUACUGAAAAUGAUUGUUGAUGAGAGUGAGAUCCAGCGAACGGCUGCUGGUCGCUCUUUACCAGACAUCUGUAAAUUCUACAACAACAAGAGCGGUUGCAAGAAAGAAGAAAAUUGUCCCUGUCUUCACGUGUGUGAGCACUUCGUCGAUGGCGAUUGUAAAUUCGGAGGAGGAUGCAAAAGAAACCACGACUUCUCUGAUUCCCAUAACAGAAGAGUUCUACAGCAGUAUGAUAUGGGGCACAUCAGUAUCCAUAAAGUGCUUCAACGACUGAAGGGCAGGGAAAGAAAGCGAAGUGUUAGCGCAAGUUCUGACGGUAAGGUCCGCAUAGUUAAUAAUUAACAACUGUGUAGAGUAACUUCUACAACAAAGUUUUCUCAUUAAAAAGGAAGGAGUUAGUGUAGACAUUUAUUUAGGAUGUAAGCUUACAACUAUCAUGUGCGAUCAACUUACACCACAUUUCACAUGAAUUCUGCCUUCUGAAACGUGUGAAACAACUUUCAGACAGACUUGUACAACAGGAAAUAUGGAUAGUUGGGGUAUUAUGAACAAACAUUGUAUUGAAAUAUUGAUCUUGUAGCCUUUUGUGAGAUAUGAAUCAUGGAUGGACAAAAAUCAUGCUGACACUUAAACAACUAAACAAGUGCCUUAAAAAGUUGUAUUUGUGGGCAACAAAGUGUAACAGAGUUUUCUACAGUCAUUCAAGUUUACUGAUGAAUUUUUAAUUUCAUUAAACUCUUCCCAUAACACAGGUAGCACUUGCUCACAUGUAUGCUUUAUGCAGUAUCCAAAAUUUUUAAACUUUCCAAGCACUCAAUGAAAAUAAAGUGAUAUAUUUGUUAGCUGUUUACUCAGCUUGUGUGGUUAAGAGAUGGUUGAUUUAUUGCUUAAUUUUUAGAAGAGAGUGUGCAAUUAUCAAGAUACCAACCAGUGAUGAGAAUGGAUAGUGCUAACCCAACCAUACCACAUAUUCCUGUGCAGCAAGGAGUAGGCAGUCGCUCCAUACCAGAGAUCUGUAAAUUCUACAACAGUAAAACAAAAUGCACAAAAGGUGAUAAGUGUCCUUGCCUUCAUGUAUGUGAGCAUUUCAUCAGUGCUGACUGCAAAUUUGGUGAGGCUUGUAGGCAUGAACACAGCUUCUCCUCUUUCCAUAAUAGAAGAGUCUUGAAACAACACGACAUUGCCAAUGUCAGUGACCUCAAAAUCCUUGAAUACUUACAAGCAAGAGUGAAGAAACGAACAGGAAGUGCAAGUUCCAGUGUUGAGAAGCCUUUGACUGUCAACUUAAGUGCUGUAAACCCCAGUCAAGAUGACAAAGGCAAAGAUACUGAGAUUUGUGGAUUCCACAUGCGCGGCAAGUGUAACUAUGGCGACAAGUGUAUCCAUCACCACACAGAUUUACCCUAUUUAUGGCAAUUUGCUGCACAGGGUGAUGACCAGUGGGAAAGUUUUUCUAAUGAAGUGAACGCAAUCCUUGAGAAUUGUUACUGUGAUGUCAAAAAUGAAAGCUCUAGUCAUGUAACAAUAAAGGGAUCUCUUUAUAUUGUUAACUUCCAGGAUAUGACUGCUGUUCCAAGAUCAUUUUCAGGUGCUACGCCUAAGAUGUGGACAUUGAUGGCAAAAAGUAGGUUUAUUUUUGUGACAUUCAAAUAUGCAGUAAUAGACAAUUAUGACCAAAACAAACAUUUUUUAAGGAGAGUAUCAAAGCUACCUUCUGGUCCAUGUUGGGAUGAAAAAAAGAUGAUGAAUUGGAAAAUGGGUCUUAGCUAGCUAGAGAAGACCUAGUAUUUAAAAAGGCAGGUGUUUCCUGUCCCACCAGCUUCAUUUUUUCUAAAAAUUAAAACAUUUGAAGAUUGUUAGGACCAACCACAUGAAAUGCAAAGAGAUGCCAAUCUCUUAUUAUUGGUGCACAAAUUUACUCAUAAAUUUCAUGAUCUGACCAUUCUUUUAUUAUUACUACUAUUAACAGUGGUAGUGGUAGUGGUAGUGGUAGUUGUAGUUAUUUGUUUGAAAUCCAUAAUGAAGGACACAGCUUUUAGCUUUAAGAAAAGAGGGGAAUAGGCAUGACCUUCUUCUGUGGUGAAACAAUCAUUUCAAGACUUCACCCUUCACCAUUCACAAAUGGAACAGAAGAAUAAUAGGUAAACCCCCGUUUUGACUACAGUUGAGGCUUACAAUUUUUAUUCUUGUUCUCUGUAAGUGUUUAUGACCACUGGGACUGUGGUAAAGGUUCGAAGACUUUCUACUGUGUCAUCAGUGGCUGCUGCAGCAGGCCAUGUGUUCAGCACCAGAUGGGAGUGGUACUGGAAAGAUGAGAACAACAAGUGGCAGUCAUAUGAUACUCCUGGUGAUGGACAUGCUGUGAACACAACCAGCAGUCAGUGUCUUGAAAGAGAGUAUCUGGCAGGUAAGGUAGAAGUGAAUGACUAUAUGCUUUAUGGAAGUGGAAGAAAAUGUACUCUUUUCACAGCUAUAGAUGCCAUAGCUAUGAUGGCAGUAGUCUUCCUUUUCAACUCAGUAAAACACAUUGAUUUAGAUUUGAAUUGUGGUUCACCCUUCUGUCCUCAUACAUGUAUAUGGUUAAGAAGGGACUUUCUGGUAAGCUUGGUUACUAUGUAAUAAGGAAGGAAUCCAAGAGGAUAUGGGCAGGUAGGGUGGAGUCAAGGUAGCUUAGCUACAGUCUCUCUCUGUUCUUGAACAAGACACUUUUCUCUCACAAUACCCCUUUCUUCCUAGGAAUGUAAAUAAUGGGUACCAGCAAACUGUUUGAGAAAAAUGAAAACUUGGUGGGGGAUUACCCAAGGAUAGUGUAGGAUCCCCCAUGAAGGGGAAACUAGUUAUAGUUGCUAUGUCCUCAUGUUACUGAGACUGGAAUAACCUUUGGCAGGAUAAGGCUUAGAAGUCUUGCAACUUGUUAGCUUACUUUGCCAUGGAGCAAAGUGUUCAAAAGUUAGUGUCUUUUAGCCAUAUAUUAACCCUGUAACUAUCAGAAAUGAUUAAACUGUAACUUCUCCUUAUAAUAUAUGUACUUAUUCAGCAAACAGGUAAUGAGAAUACUCAAACUUACCAGGUUAAAGUCUUGAUCUACAAUGUAAAACCAAAUUCUUGUAACUAGUUUCCAAGGAAAUGUGUAGCAGCUUGAGGGGAGAAUUAAAAAUCAGAUCUUAGGAGUAAAUGGGUUCAAUUUUGCUUGCUUGUUUGUUUGUUGUUGGCUUUUUUAGGGAAGGACACUCACCCUUUUAGUGCAUCUCAUCACCAAUAUACAUUGGACUUUAAAAAAUGGUGCCAGAAAAAUGAUAAGUAUACAACAGAAAGGCCUGUAAGAAGGAGACCUGCUGAGUUUGUGUCCAAGCAGAAUAUGGCUGAGAUUGCUGCUCAAAGGUGAUUAUAUUACAAUGUUGUGAUGUUUGAAAGCACAAGGUGGGGGGGGGGGGGAAAGGGGGUGUACUUUAAAAAGCAAAACUUUAAAGGUAUGACAAAGAGAUUAUUGCUCAGAGGUGAUUAUUCUACAGUGUUGUGAUGUUUGAAAGCAAAGUGUGGGGAGGGGGGCAUUCUUUUAAAGAGCAAAACUUUGAAGAUAUGAUAGAGAUUAUUGCUCAGAGGUGAUUACUCUACAAUGUUAUGAUGUUUGAAAGCACAGUGUUGGGGAAAGGCAUUCUUUUAAAGAGCAAAACUUAAGAUAUGACAAAGAGAUUAUCGUUCAGAGGUGAUUACAAUGUUGUGAUGUUUAAAAGCACGAGGUGGGGGUACUUUUAAAGAGCAAAACUUUGGAGAUAUGACAUAGAGAUAAUUGCUCAGAGGUGAUUACUCCACAAUAUUGUGAUGUUUGAAAGCACAGUGUGGGAAGGGGGUGUACUUUUGAAGAGCAAACUUCAAAGAUAUGACAAAGAGAUUAUUGCUCAGAGGUGAUUACUCUACGAUGUUGUGAUGUUUGAAAGCACAAUGUGGGGGUGGGGGCGCGUACUUUCAAAGAGCAAAAUUUUUAAGAUAUGACAAAAAGAUGAUCGCUUAGAGAUGAUUAAUCUACAUGAUGUUUGAAAACACAGGGUUGGGGGAAUGGGGGGUACUUUAUAGAUAUAAUAAAGGUUAGUAAACAUCUUUGAACUGGGGUUGGUUUAGAAUUAGCCUGCGAAUAAAUUAUUUCAGUUUGGAACCCUCUCUGUACUUCAGGUGAAGUGAAGGGUUUGAUUUGCCUUUUUCGUUACCGGUUUAAUUAAAGAGAAAAAUGUUUCACCAGGCAGUUAACAUGUGAAGCAGCCCAACCAUGAUAUGAAUAUAGAGCUGUUUCAAGAAAGUUUGUCGGAAAAAAAGGUGUAAAAGUGCACGCGAGGCGUGGGUAGUUUUCAGAUCACCGUUCCUUGACCGCAGGAUCUCAGGGAAAUCCGAGAAAACGUCACUGAAAGGACGAGGCAUAGCGGGUUUGAUGUAUCUAUCUAUUUAUUAAAAUUAUUAAAAUUUAUUGACUACCGGAUACCCAGAUUACCUUUCGAGAUCGUCCCGUGCGCUUUUGUCCUUUAUUCCGACAACCUUUCUUGAAACAGCUCUAUUAAAUUAACAUAAUUUUUCCCUCCUUCACAUAGUGUAUGUCUAAUAAGUCUGUUCUAGGGUAAAGUUGGUGUUUUUUGCUUUUUUAUCAGGCGUAAAGCUGCUGGUACGGCCCGACCAUCAAGUUCAUUUUCCACAGAAGCGGACGGGGUGCCAUCUCACUGGUCUUCUGUUCCUGUAGGCGAGGAGUACUCGUGUGAACGUUUGUCAACAAUCACCGAAGAAUACAAGAAGACGGAGAAGAGAUUCAAAGAUUCAAUGGAUGAGAGCCACAAAAUUGUCUCCAUAGAGCGAGUGCAGAACCCGGAUCUGUGGAUUCUAUUCAAACAGUAAGUUACGAGUUGAAGUUGGGAUAGACUUCAUGGCUUCUGUCGUGUUACCCUUUGGCUCCUAAAAUUGACUGACAUUUAAUUUCUCCUUAAAAUAUCACCCUUAAAUCAAACAUGAAGGGGACGAGAAUUAAGAAGAUGAUCACCUACUAAAGAAGCUCUUGAUUGUUCAACAAAUUCUCCUCGUCAGCAACUCAGGAAAUGCGUAGAGAACAGUAAGGAGAACAUGCAUACUGAUGCUACGGUGUAAAGGGUUAAGUGGUUCGUCUAUUUCCAUUGCCGCCAUUUGAUAGUUUUUCGUUAAAGGAAACCGUUUAGCUCGUUUUCAUCUUGCGGCGAUCUUAGGUGAUAUGACAGAACGAUCUUUAAACAAGUAGGCUCCAUGUUACGUUACAUACGUCCGUUCAGUAAUAUAUCACAGAUGACGUCAAAAUGUCCUAAGGACAAAAUUUUUGACGUCUUCUGUGACCUAUUACUGAACACACCCACAGAGACAUUGAAUCUAUUCGUUUUAUAUGAUGAAAAAGCAAAAUGCAAUUAAUGAUGACCAAUCGAAAUCUUAAUCAUAUGGGUUAAGAUUUUGUGGAAAGUUAGAGAGACAAAAGCUCAGAAAGGUGGUAACAAGUAUCUUACACAAGAUUGCUGAACGUGUUUUUACAUCCUCUUUUUUCCUUCGUAAUUUGUAGGAAGAAGGUCCGCAUGACUAAGAAAAGCGGCAAAGACCCCGAAGAACGCCAACUCUUCCAUGGAACAAACCCCAACACUGUUAAAGCAAUCUGCCAACAGGGAUUCGACUGGCGAAUGUGCGGGAAAAAUGGUACAGCUUAUGGCAAGGGAAGUUAUUUUGCUUCUAAUGCUAAUUAUUCUCACUGUUAUUCCAAUCGCGAUUUUACUCGUGGCGCUAAGCAGAUGUUCUUGGCUAAGGUUCUGGUGGGUUCUUUUACAGCUGGAGACCAAUCUCUUACAAGGCCUCCCCCUAAAGAUUCAUCCAAUCCCCAUGUGUUGUAUGACUCCUGUUGUGACAACACAGCGAAUCCUGCAUUGUUUGUUGUGUUUGAAAAUGGGCAGUCCUACCCUGAGUUUUUGAUCACGUACACUUGAUUUGUUAACUUUGUAUUUACCGUGAUGAAACAGAAACGUAAAGAAACGUAACGAAAUGGCACGUCUUGUAGCUGCCUAAUGGAUGGUAACGUGACCUAACGUAACAGAACGAACUGUAACGUAACGUAACAUAUCGACGAUACAGCGAAGAAACAUAAAAUACUUUGGUGUGAGAGUUAUAUACCAACAUAGUGAAAAUGUGCUGUUCUCAGCAUACGUUGAUAAAUUAGUUCAAGUUCUUUAUUUUCAUAAUGUUUUUUGAAAUGGUUUUUGUUUAUUUUAAUGAUAGUUUUAAACACUCAACAGAUCGGUACCGUAUCGUCGAAGAGGAUACAUUCCUCUCUAAAUAAGAAGAGAUAACAAUUUGAUAGUUUUAAUUUUUGAUAUGUUUACGAGUAGUCCAUGAAAUUUUGGAAAAUUCCUUUGAAGGUGGAAAAAAGUAAAGUAGAAGAAAUAAGAAAUUACAAUCCAAGUAAUGAAAUAACAUUAAUAAAUGGGCUGAGUUUCUAAGGAAACCGUGGUGCUGCGUUGGUGGGAGGGUAUAACAAGGUAAUUUGGAAUUAUCAACUGAGUUGAUGACGUAAAUUGGCCAUUGUAAAGAGUUGCAAAGCUGAUGUUUCGAGCGUUAGCCCUUCGUCAGAGCGAAUGGUUUCGCUCUGACGAGGGGCUAACCUCGAAACGUGAGCUUUGAAAUUCUUUACGGAGGCCAAUUUACGGUUUCAACUCAGUUGAUAAUACCAAAUUUCCCAAUGAAAUAAUAAUUUGGUAGUUUUAAUUUCUAAAACGUUUACAAGUAGUCGGCACAACGUCUUCAAAACUUCUUCAAAACGAAAAAUCGACAAUAGAAAAAAUAACAACGAAAAACAACAAAAGAAAACAAAAAAACCACGAAGGAAGGAAAGAAACAAACGAAGAUUUGAAGAUUUCUUCCAGCAAUGGUGACAAAAUCGGGAAAAGUAUAUCAGUUUCAUUUGCAAGUACCUGCCGUUUUCAUUUGUUUUUCAAAAUCGCUGGUAGGAAAGCACAAAGCUUGAAAACGAAGUUAGAGUCGAAGCUAAUCCUCAAAAUCUGCCUUAAACAAAACCUGCAAAAAUGCUAUGCAGUAGUCUACAAGGUGUAAGGUACGAUUUACCAACAAGUGCCACCGAGCCACUUUGCUAUUAGCAACUACCCGUUCCAGCUUUGUAGUAAGGGCUUAUACACGCACAAAAAAAAAAUUAAAGGAAAAAGGAACCAAGAAUGAGAUAAAAAAAAAACAAAUGAGAAAUAAGAAUAAAAGAAAAGGAAAAUCAUUUGACAAAAUCAAACAUUUUGUGGGAUCCCAUCUUUAGGCUAAAUUGUAAAAAUAGAUGGACAGUAUUUUUUAAACAGCAAGGGGAGAGGAAAUAGGAACAACAGAUAAUAGACUGGAAUUUAGGUAAAGUAAAUUCCGUUUCAUUUCUAACCAUUUUGCAAAUUUGGUAAUGUAGAAUAGGGCGCACGUGAAUUUUUCUUUUGCUUUUAUUUUUGGUUUUUUUAUUCAAUUUCCAUUAUAUGAACAUAAAUAGGAAAAUAGGUAAGAAACGCUUCUUUAGGGAAACUCGUUUAAAAAGGCUCAGCUCUCAAGUUUUGUCCUUGUUAGUCUGAAAUGUCAGCAUUCCUCUCGCCCCUCUUCCCCUUUGGGACACUCCUAGGGGUGGUGGCCUGGGGGAUAUCUGGUCACUCAGAAACUCUCCUUACUGGAAGUGAUAUUAUGCUGUUUUUUACCUUGGUUAUUAGUGAAACGGAUUUACUUUUGUAGCUGUAGCUAUACAGACAUUUCGUUAGCGUUGUACCGUUUAUACCAAAUCUUAGUGCAGGAAUCUGCUUUGUAAUUCAGCACUUUGCUCAGGUCUAGCUGUCUUUGGCCUGUGUACGAAGACCAGUUUCCGGUUGUCGCUUGUCUAUUCAAUGGGCAGACAAUGGGGACAACUGGAAAUACGUAAGCGUUCACAGGCUACGCUCUCGUCAGACUAAAAUUGUAUUUCGUACAGCAUAGAAGAAACAAAACGUUUAAUCUUAGGUGUUAAGGCCAAGGCACUCGAGGGGGACAUGUAGUAGGGAAGAGUUGUUAGUGCAGACUGUCACUCCACCUGUUUACUGCUUGGAACGUGUUAGAUUGUUAGUCAUACAAAGAAAAACUGCGGUUCUCUGGCAACUAUAACCUGUUCCAGGGAUUCAACAAAUAAAAUGAAGCGCGAUCUUAAACGGCACGAUAGAAGCCAAGGAAUGGAAAAGCAAGGGAGGUUGACUAGCGUCCCGUAAUGAAUUACGCGAUCCGACCCAAACCUCCUUCAUUUUCGCUCGUCUGCUACUAUUGCGCCGUUUACUAUUUCGCUCCGUUUUGCUGAGAGCCUGGAACGGGCUAUGACGACCACAACUACCGUUUGUCACUCUGUCUUCCGUCUCCACUAACCUAGAAUCAUAAACAAUCCAAGGGUAAUUUUCAGAGCGAUGCGACAUUUAAUUCAAACCCUGGGUGUUUUUGUCUUUU